AUGGCUGUUGUCCAAGCCAACAGCUUGCUCGAGGAUCAGAUUCAUAUUGAAUCAGGCUCCUUGAGCUUGCUCGGUUCAGGCCUAUAUGACACCUUCGUCGGUGUAUAUUCAGGGCAAAAGCUCUGUAUCUUAGUUGGAACAAAGGAAAGGAACAGUGAUUCAGAUAACUCAGAUGUUGUCAGAGAUGGCACCUGCUAUGAUAAUGAGUUUUCAGUUUCUGCAGUGGUCGCUGUGGAAAAUGGAAGUUCUGAACAUUCUGCUACUGAAAUUUCUUCAUUAAGAGAAAAUGGCAAUGCAGAAAAGAUGAAACAUUGGCCGGCACCUUCUGCCCUCACUGGAGGAUUUGCUGCUGCUUUCAGAGACCAAAUUCACACUGAUAUUGAAGUCAAGCCAGGCCACAAUAGACCUUCUCUGUUUGCACAUAGAGCAUUAUUGGCAGCAAGGUCAGAGAUCUUCAAGAACAUGCUGGACUCAGAUUGA